GCCAGCAAAGGGUUAACGGGGGGCUGCGCUCCGCUCCCAGCAGCCCCCAGGCCGGAGGAGGCGGAGUGGGCGGGGCGUGGAGUGGGCGGGGGCGGGGCAGGUGUGCGGCCGGCCGCGGGAGCUGUGCCGGGGCUGGCUGGAGCCGCGGCAAGGAGCAGACCUGGCGCUGGUGGUGCUGGAGCAGUUCCUGGCCGCCUGCUGUGGUCACACCGAGUGUGAAGGUCGAGGACGUGUCGUCAGACACGAUGCAGCCCACAGGGGCACCGCAGGAGCCUGGUGAGUCCUGGCCGGAGCAGCCACGCGCCUGUCAUGCAGACAGGCCUCUGGAAGAGUCGGGAGACGUGGAAACCUUGGGGCCUCGGGACAACCCACCUGAUGUCCCCAGAGGGGAUGCCCCGCCCCCCCGGGAGCCAGGUGCUUGCACCCUGAGCAGAGCAGAGCAGCAGCCUCCUGAGGAGGGGCCUGGAAACCUGGAGCUGCAGAGGACUUCGCCAGGGAGGCUAGAGGAGAGGAGCUCCCUGACACCUGAGCCAGGCCAAGUGCAGAGGGGGCAGGGCAGGCCUCCAAAGCAGGAGGAGAGCUGGGAGGUCCGGGAGGUGUUUGAGGACGUGGCCGUGUAUUUCACGCGGAGGGAGUGGGAGCUGCUGGAAGAUGACGACAAGGUGCUUUACCAGGACCAGAUGCUGAAGAAUUUCAACACCCUCGUUUCCCUGGGAUAUCGAGGUCCUGCACCUGACUUAAUCUGCAGCAUCCAGCAAGGACAAGUGGAGCUUUGGGUCUGUGAUGAUGAGGACUGUGGGGAAAUCUCAGGAUCAGACGACCUGCUAGCAGGAGGUACCUGGCUGCUGAGCAGAGCUGAGGAGCAGCCUCCUGUGGAAGGGCCUGCAGACCUGAAGCCAGCAUGGACUUCCCUAGGGAGUUUGGGUGAGGUUGGCUCCUGGAGACCUGAAAAGGAGCAGUGGCACACGAGUCAGGGGAGGCCACAAAACCAGCAGGAGAAUGUGGCAGUGAACCAGCACAUCCACCUGGGCAAGAAGACACACCGCUGCACUGCGUGCUGGAAGAACUUCAUUUGCUGGCAAGACCUGUCCCAGCACCAGUGUGUGCAGCACUGCUGCACCAAGUGUGGGAAGAGAUUCAGGCAGCUGUCCAGCCUGGCCAGGCACUGGUGCAUGCACACAAGGGAGAAACCACAUCAGUGCUCGGAGUGUGGGAAGAGCUUCGCCCACUCCUCUGGCUUGGCUCAACACCAGCGUAUCCACACAGGGGAGAAGAUGUAUCAUUGCUCAGAGUGUGGGAAGAGGUUCACUCAGUCCUCCAGCCUGACCAAGCAUCAGCUCAUCCACACGGGGGAAAAGCCACAUCAGUGCUCAGAGCGUGGGAAAAACUUCACCCAAUCCUCCCACCUGACCAACCACCAGCUCAUCCACAUCGGGGAAAAGCCACAUCAGUGCUCAGAGUGCGGGAAAAGCUUCACCCAAUUCUCCAACCUGGCCCAGCACCAGCGUAUACACACAGGGGAGAAACCACAUCAGUGCUUAGAGUGUGGGAAGAGGUACGCUAGGUCUUUUGGCUUGGCUCAGCACCAGUGUAUCCACACAGGGGACAAGCCCCAUCAGUGCUCAGAGUGUGGGAAGAGCUUCACUCGCUCCUCCAUCCUUGCUCAGCACCUGCGUAUCCACACAGGGGAGAAACCAAUUCGGUGCUUGGAGUGUGGGAAGAGCUUCACUCAGCGCUCCCACCUGGCCCGGCACCGGCGCAUCCACACAGGGGAGAAGCCAUAUCAGUGCUCAGAGUGUGGAAAGAGCUUCAGCCGGUCCUCCCACCUGGCCCGGCACCAGAUUAUUCACAUGACGGAGAAGCCAUAUCAGUGCUCGGAUUGUGGAAAGGGCUUCACCCGAUCCUCCUACCUGACCCAGCACCAGCUCAGCCACACGGGGGAAAAGCCACAUCAGUGCUCAGAGUGUGGGAAGAGCUUCACCCAGUUCUCCAGCCUGGCCCAGCACCAGCUUAUUCACACAGGGGAGAAAGCACAUCAGUGCUCAGACUGUGGGAAGAGCUUCAUUUAUUUCUCGUACCUGACCAGACACCGGCUCAUCCACACAGGGGAAAAACCACAUUGGUGCUCGGACUGUGGGAAGAGAUUCACCCGAUUCUCCCACCUGGUCCAGCACCAGCGUAUCCACACAGGGGAGAAACCACACAAAUGUUCAGAGUGUGGGAAGAGCUACACUCAGUCCUCUGGCCUGGCUCAGCACCAGCGUAUCCACACAGGGGAGAAACCACAUAAAUGCUCAGAGUGUGGGAAGAGCUACACUCAGUCCUCUGGCCUGGCUCAGCACCAGCGUAUCCACACAGGGGGGAAACCACAUAAAUGCUCAGAGUGUGGGAAGAGCUAUGCUCAGUCCUCUGUCCUGGCUAAGCACCAGCGUAUCCACACAGGAGAGAAGCCAUAUCAUUGCUCGGAGUGUGGGAAGAGCUUCACCCAGUUCUCCAGCCUGGCCCAGCACCAGCUUAUUCACACAGGGCAGAAAGCACAUCAGUGCUCAGACUGUGGGAAGAGCUUCAUUUAUUUCUCCUACCUGACCAAACACCGGCUCAUCCACACGGGGGAAAAACCACAUUGGUGCUCGGAGUGUGGGAAGAGAUUCACCCGAUUCUCCCACCUGGUCCAGCACCAGCGUAUUCACACAGGGGAGAAACCACAUAAAUGCUCAGAGUGUGGGAAGAGCUACGCUCAGUCCUCUGGCCUGGCUCAGCACCAGCGUAUCCACACGGGGGAGAAACCACAUAAAUGCUCGGACUGUGGGAGGAGCUUCACUCAAUCCUCUCACCUGGCCCGGCACAAGCUUGUCCACAUAGACAAGAAACCAUAUCAGUGCUCAGAGUGUGGGAAGUGCUUCCCCCACUCUUCUACUGUGGCCCAGCACCAGUGCAUCCACAUCCAGGAUCAUCCAUAAUUGUGCCAGCAAAGUAGGCAGGGCUUUGGGAUGUCUACCCGCUCAGCACCUGCCAGUGUCUGUAGCCAGGCAAGCAGCCUCAUGCUGGUGGACUGCAGCAAGAGUUCCCCCAUGAUUCCCCUCUGCUAGGGCCCUGCAGAGCCCAAAGGGCACAAAUUCUGUCUCUGAAGACUUGAUGAGGGGAAGGGGUUAAGAGGAAACAUCUCAGCUAGAUGCCAGCCCAGAUGCCGGGGAAACCUGUGAGGAGAUGAUCUUUGCAUCUACCUUGGAGCCUGUGCCAUCCCCAUCUUUCUCUAAAAGCAGCCAGUGCUUCCAGGGUCAGGUGAAGUGCCUUCACGAUAGGAUGCCUUCCUGUAGACAACUGGGUCCAAAUGCCACCCGGGUCCAAAUGCCACCCAGGGACAGGGACUGUUCAAGUGCCUCCCAGCUUAGUCCUCCUGCUCCCAGGGUUGUGGUGUGUGAGUCUCUUGCAUUGCAAGAAGGAAGCCGUUUAUGGCUGGGGAAGCACUUCCUGCCUUCCACCUUGACCUUCCCUUUCCUCCCAACCACAUCACUCUGCUCCCAGGCCUGCACAUGCCCUUUGGAGUCUGCAGGAAGCUGCUACUGUCACCCCGUGAGCCCAGUUUGGCAGUUUUGCUUCUCAGCCCCUUGUCACAACUGCAGCACCGUUUGCCAGCUGCCCCCGCCCUCCUUCCUUUCUCUAUAACAGAGUCCUUUCUAAUCAAGCCCCACAAGUAACAGAUUCAUAGUUGUUAGGGGCUGGAAGGGACCUUACAGAUUUUUGGGUCCAGCCCCCCUGUGCUUGAACAGGAAAGACUGCUGGGGUCAGAUGACCCCAGCAAGAUGGGCAUCAAGACACUUUUUGAAGAUCACCUUUAGGGAGAGCCUGUUUCAAACCCCAAAGAAGUUUUUUUCUAUGUCCAGUCUGAAGUGAUCUUCAGUCAGCUUGUGCCCAUUAGUUCUAGUCCUCCCCUGGGGGGCCUUGGUGAAGAGAUGCUCCCCCAGGCCCUGAUGGACUCCCGUGAUAUAUUUAUAGGCUGCCACCAACUCCCCUCUGAGUCGUCUUUUCUCCAGGCUGAACAGUCCCAAGUCUUUCAGCCUCUCUCACGUGACCUGGUCUCUAGGCCUCUAAUCCUGCACGUGGUCCUCCUUCGGACUCUCUCGAGCUUCUCCACAUCCUUCCUGAAGUGCAGCGCCUGUAACUGGAUGCAGUCCUCCAGCUGCGGUCUCACCAAGGCCAAGUAGAGCAGGAGGAUGACAUCUUUAGACUUGCUCGAGAUGCCUCAGCAGAUGCAUGGGAGUGUUUGAUUAGCUCUGCCAGCUACAGCAUCACAUUGGUGUCUUAUGUUCAUGUUGUCUGUCAUGACACCCAAGUCCCGUUCAGUUGUGGUGCUGGCAAGCGUAGCACUGCCGUGCCUGUAAGUGUGUUGUGGAUUAUUUCUCCCCAGAUGGAGCUGUAAAGAAAUCCUUUUUCUCUUGGUGGCCUCCCUUCUUGGAGUCUGCCCAGCCCCACCUCUGGUUUCCAACUCUGGCUGCUGGAUCCACCUGGUCUCCUAGGUGAUGCCAGUGGGAGCGGGGGACUCGGUCUUCCUUUGUUCCAGCUUCCUGCCCAGAUACUCGGGAGGCACUGGUCUCUCCGCCGGGGUGGGGGCAUUGCUGAUGUUGCUCCAGCUAACUAGCCUGCAUCAGCCGUGCUCUGAGGAUCCUGGUUUUUGGUUGGAGCUUAGUGAUGAGGUCAGAAAAGUGAUAAAAAGAGGUCGCUCUCUCUUGGGAGAGGCUGACAUUUUUGGGGAUGCUGAAACAAGCAGAAGGACUCCAGACCUCCAUCAGUCUGUGGAUGGACAUGUGAGUAACUUACCUGAAAUUUCGCCAGUAAUUUAGGAUUAAGUGAACUAGACAUGUAUCAAACGGGCCAACGAGCCCAUUCUGUUUUGCUCAAGGUGUUGUUUUUCUAAUACUCUUCUAUCCUGUACUCCUUCCCCAGUCUCCCUCGCUCAGAUUCAUGAAAGCUAUCUGUUCUAGCACACCUAGCUGCGAAUGCUUGAGAGGAGGGACAGGCCUUUACACUCCUAGCACAGCUCGGUGGAUUAUUACCUGAAACCAUUCUGGGUGGCUCCAGGCUAUACCAGCUAUACUACCAGUGGGAAAAGCACCCCCAAGGUCUGCAGGGUCUGUCUACCCCAGGCGCCACAGAGUCCUAACGGAGCCCAGAGCUCACGUGAUGGCAGUGAUUACCCCAGGCUUGCAGCUAUGGGGUUGGUUGGAUGUAAGCACCCCAGGGGAGACACCUGAAGCAUGGUUUUGGUUAGGCACGUGAGGUGGGUGGCUCAGUGUAGUAGCACCCCCUACUAUCCCACCACAAGAGUACUUUGCAUUUCUCUCUAUUAAACAACAGCAGGUUGAGGUCUGCCCACUUCGCAAGCCUGUCCAGGUUGACCUGUAGUUCCAAUCUGUCCUGGGCCAUGACCACACUCCCCCAUAGGUUGGUGUCGUCAGCGAACUUUGCCAGUUUGCUUUUAAUACCCAACUUCAAAUCAUUGGUGAGCAUGUUGAAAAGCACUGGUCCGAGUACUGAGCCCUGAGGGACACCACCGGUCACCUUCCAAAGGCCUUUUUGAAAUCCAAGCAUAUGGCAUCAACCUCAUUUCCUGUAUGCAGUGGAGAGUUACCUGAUCAUAGAAGGAAAUGAGGUUGGUCUGGCACAACCUGCCUGUGACAAAGCCAUGUUGGCUGCCAUUCAGAAUACUACUUUCUGUUAGCCUGUUAGUGAUGGGCUCUUUGAUAAUUUUCUCCAGGAUUUUACUGGGGAUUGAGGUCAACCUGAUUUGCCUGCAAUUUCCUGGGUCCUCCUUUCUUCCUUUCUUAAAAAUAGGCACCACGCUGGCCUUCUUCCAGUCUCCUGGGACCUCUCCCAAGCACCAUGAGUCUUCAAAUAACUUAGCCAUAGGUCAUGCAAUGACAUCGGCCAGUUCUUUUAGCACUCUUGGGUGUAGUUCAUCUGGUCCUGCUUACUUGUAGGUAUUUAGCCUUUGUAGGUGCUUCUGCACAAGAUGUAUGGCAAGUAGGGGAGGGUGAUCACCCCCACCAUGAUCAUCCUGUAUCCUGUCAAGCAGGCUAACACCUUGGACUUGUGGCAUACCGACAUGAAGUAUUCAUUCAGGAGUUUGGUUUUGUCCUGAGUGUCGGUUAUCAGCCGUCCCAUUUCAUUUAUCAGGGGCCCUGUGCUUCCCUUGGGGUUUUUUUGCUGUUUGUUUGUUUUUUUCACUUCCUACAUAUCUAAAGAAGGACUUCUUGUUGUCCUUGAUUCUGGUUGCCAAUUUGUAUUCAGUUUGUGAUUUUGCUGUCCUGAUCUGCUCCCUACAGAUGUGGGCUGUUGCUGAAUAUUCCUCUUUGGUAGUUAUUGCAGACUUACAUCCUCUGUAGGCUUCUCAUUUUAAUUUCAGGAUGUCCGUAACUUCCCUGUUGAGCUCUUCUGCUGCCUUUCUUACAACUUCCAUUGAGCUUUUAGGAUUACUUCCUUGAGGAAGAGCCACUCUUCUUGUACUCCCUUCCUCAUCAGACCAUGGUCCCGCAGGGCCUCGCCAACCAGUCUCCUGAGCUUGUGAAAAUCAGCUUUUCCAAAAUCAAGGAUUUCUACCCUACUGGUCGAUUUCCUUGACUUAUGGUACAUGGAGAAAGUGAUUAUCUCAUGGUCAUUGUCGCCCAGUUUCCCCUUCAUCCUCAGGUUACUCAGUAGAUCAUCUCAUUUGGCCAGAACCAAGUCUAGGACUGCCUUGCCCCUCGUCGAACUGUAGACUUCCUGAGUUAGAUAGUAAGCGUGAGAACGCUCAGCCAGAUCCGAUUGCUUAUAAAUCUUUCAUUUCACAGGAUGUCUGGGUAGUUGAAGUUACACAUGAUGACCGUGCUCUGAGAGCAUGCGGCCUCUGCCAGUUCUCUAGAGAAUUCGUCGUUGAGAUGUUCCUCUUGGUUCGGAGGUCUGUAAUAAAUUCCUAUGGUCCUACCCCUUCCCUGUGUUCUCCCCAUAUCUUGACCCAAAGGGUCUCAAGUCAUCCUCCUUUGUUUCCAAACUUCACUUCUAGGGAGGUGCAAUGUUCCUUCAUGUAGAGAACAACUCCUCCACCCUUCUUCCCAACAUCAUCCUUCCUAUACAGUGUAUCCCCCUUUGCCUGUGGUCCAGUCAUAGGUGGAGUCCCACCAGGUCUUUGUAGUCCCUAUGAGGUCAUAUUGAUUGUUGGUUAGCAGGAGUGCUAGUUCCUCCUGCUUGUUUCCCAUGCUUCUGGUGUUAGUGUACAGGCAACGAAGCCUGCCAGUGGAGGCCCGAGGCUUCCUGAUGAGCUGUGGGAUAAUCUGUGCAUUGGCCAGUGUCAGAGAAUGUUUCCUAUUGUACCCUGAGACGUUGGUUUUGAGGUUGCCAUUUCUCAUGCUUGUGCUAGUAGCUGCUGGUCUGUCCCCCAGUGAUCCCAGUUUAAAGCCCUAUCCAGGAGGUCCGUCAUUCUAGCCAAGAAAAGCUGCUUCUCCUUCGGCACGAGGUGGAUGCCAUCUCUUCCCAACAAGCCGCAGUCCCUGAGGUGCAUGCCAUGGUUAAAGUAGCCGAAGCCCUCGCACUAACCCCAUUGCCGGAGUCUUCUCUUUACUUCUCUGCAUCUAUCCCUCCUGUAUCUGUGGGCCACCACUGGGAGGACCAAGGAGAAAACUACCUGUGCCCCCGACCCCUUCAGCCAAGCCCCCAGAGCCCUGUGCUGUCUCAUGACCCAGGGUUGUUCGUGGCUGUGUCAUCCGUGCCCAUGUGGAUGAGGAGCAUGGGGUAGUGGUCGGAGGGCCAAGCAAGUUCUGGGAUCCUUUCAGCCACAUCCCGGAUGCGAGCCCCUGGGAGGCAGCAGACCUCACAGGUUAGGACGUAGAGACCUUAUUAGGGAGUGUACUGUAUAUAGACGGGACUGCAUAAUAACUCAAAAAUAAAGCCUCACUCUUUUA